AUGGCAGAAUUGAAAGCGGAUGAAAUAAGGUUAAGAUCAAACGAACGACCAAAAGGACCGAAAGCCAUGUCCAUCGUGGAAGAGGAGGUGGAAAUAAACGAUCUUACGAGGUUCGAAAGAUUUAAGAAAUGGGCAAAGGAAAAAAUAGCCGGAAUAUCAGCCGUAGCAAUAUCUAUGGCUGGUAUCAUCACCACUAUUAUUAUGGGGGCUAGAAGCGUAGCAAAAAAGGGAGCGAGAGCAACGAGUAAGUUCGCAAAAGCAAUGGCAAACCUGGCUGGAAAGGUUGGACCCGUACUAGCAUCCGUACUAAACCUAAUCGCUAAGGUUCUGUCAUGGGGAGCAAAGGGUAUUGCGUUCCUGGCGAAGAAUCUUUGGAUUUUAGCCUUAGCAUUAACUUACUUCUUGUAUAAUGAAUACAGGAAAAGGAAAAAUAAAUAA